AUGAGAAACACGAGCAAGGAGCUGCACGGGGCAAUGAACCGUUAUGCGCCCUGCGAUUGGUAUUACCAUCUUCCAGUGAAGCGGUCAGAGAAGGCUGUGGAUGUCCCACCAGCAUCUCAGAUCCCAGGGCUUAGUGAUCUUGGGGGCACACAAAAUGGGAAUGCAUUUGGGACUCGUAGAUACUGGAUCAAAGAAACAGACUCAGAAUACAUCAAGCUCGCAAAACAAGGUGGCAGACCUGAUCUGCUGAAGCACUUUGGCCCCGGAACCCAGAAGGGCUCCCCAGUGGCAUAUUCAAUGCCAGACUGGUAUAUCCACCACAGCAAACCCCCAACAGCCAACCAGAGAGAAGUCCCUGUUAUUUCUAUGCCGGAUUACAUGGUAUAUGAAGAAUUUAACCCUGAUCAGGCCAAUGGGAACUAUGAGUCCAGAAGAGGGCCCUUUGACUUUGACAUGAAAACAGUUUGGCAGAGGGAGGCUGAGGAACUUGAAAAGAAGAAAAAGGUUAGGCUGCCAGCUAUUAACUCAAAGCAUCCAAGCAAAGUGGAAACUCUUGUCAGCUCCAAAGAGACUUCCAGGAAUAGACUCUCCUUUCCUCCAGUGCCUGGUCAAAAAACCAGUUCACCAACAAACUUUUCCAAACUUAUUAGCAAUGGUUAUAAAGAUGAGUGGUUACAGCAGCAAGUAGAUUCAGAGAAGAGAACCCUGCAGACAUCGAGAAUGUCUGUGUCAUCUCAGUCCAUGGAGGAUCCCAAAGGACAUCAAGACACAGAGAUGCUUCCAGACCCAGAGGUUCCUGAGGGCUCUCAGAAAGCUGAAGGUGAACUUCAAUCAGCAGCCUAUUUUCUCUCUGAGGUUUUGGUUAAUUGUGAUGGCAGCAAAUGA